UGGUGCGGGGAAGCUGUCAGACCAUGUGGCGUGGCCGGCGCUGAAUGUCUAUCAUUUAAAUUGUGUCAGGCUCAGCUAGAGGGAGCCUGAGAGGGAGGGAGCAGAUAGGAAGAGAGGAGGGACACACGCAUCAAUCGGGGGAACCGAGAUCUGUAGCAUCAGGACUUCCACCUGCACCCAAAGGAACCCACGGCCAGCAUCUGUGUAUCUGUAACCUGCCCACUAAUCACCACUGAGCCUGAUCACCGCAGGAGGAAGGCUGCGCCAUUAAUAGAAUUUAAACAUGGAGGACAUAGUUAUUGCUGGGAUGUCAGGACGCUUACCAGAGUCCAACAAUCUACAGGAAUUCUGGGAUAAUUUAAUCCAAGGAGUGGACAUGGUCACAGAAGAUGACAGAAGGUGGAAACCAGGACUGUAUGGCUUGCCUAGAAGAAACGGGAAAUUAAAGGAACUUGAUAAAUUUGAUGCUGCCUUCUUUGGUGUUCAUCCCAAGCAAGCUCACACUAUGGAUCCCCAGUUACGAUUGCUCCUAGAGAUUUGUUACGAAGCCAUUGUAGAUGCGGGCAUCAAUCCAAAUGAGCUUCGUGGCACAAACACAGGAGUGUGGGUGGGUGUAAGUGGAUCAGAAGCAGGAGAAGCCUUUAGCCGAGACCCAGAAGAAUUGCUGGGGUACAGUAUGACUGGAUGCCAACGAGCUAUGUUUGCCAAUCGCAUCUCUUACUUCUUCAACUUUAAAGGACCCAGUUUAUCUAUAGAUACAGCCUGCUCCUCCAGUUUGUUGGCUUUAGAAAAUGCAUACAAGGCUAUUCAGCAUGGACAAUGCAAUGCAGCUAUUGUAGCAGGAGUCAAUGUGCUGUUGAAACCCAACACUUCAGUGCAGUUCAUGAAACUUGGUAUGCUGAGUCCUGAUGGGGCCUGCAAGUCCUUUGAUGCUUCAGGAAAUGGGUACUGUCGCUCUGAAGCUGCAGUUGCUGUUCUUGUCACCAAAAAAUCUUUGGCUAAACGACUGUAUUCCACCAUAUUGAACGCAGGAAGCAAUACCGAUGGCUUCAAAGAACAAGGAGUCACUUUCCCGUCUGGUGCUGUGCAGCAAGAGCUACUGAUCUCCUUAUACAAAGAGGCUGGGAUCCAGCCAAGUCAAGUUGAAUAUUUGGAAGCCCACGGCACAGGCACCAAGGUUGGAGAUCCACAGGAAGUAAAUGGAAUUGUUGGUGUGCUUUGUGAUUCAACCCGCGAACCAUUGUUAUUAGGCUCUACUAAGUCAAACAUGGGCCACCCAGAGCCAGCUUCUGGUCUUGCUGCCCUUGCUAAGGUAAUCCUUUCAUUGGAACAUGGAGUCUGGGCUCCAAAUCUUCACUACAAAACGCCAAACCCUGACAUUCCUGCUCUUCAAGAAGGCCUUGUUCAAGUUGUCACGGAGCCAACCCCAGUAAAAGGUGGAAUUGUUGGCAUCAACUCAUUUGGUUUUGGAGGCUCCAACGUGCAUAUCAUCCUAAAACCCAAUGAGAAGAAACCUUCUGGUGUGGCCUCUGUAGAAGUUCCCCGACUAGUACUUGCUUGUGGUAGGACUGAAAAAGCAGUAGAAACCAUAAUCCAGCAGAGUAGGGAGCCCACAGCUGACAACACAUUUGUAAACUUGCUAAAUGAUAUAUCUGGGAUUCCACCAUCCUCAAUGCCCCAUCGUGGUUAUACUCUGGUGAAGACAGACAGUGAUAUUAAGGAGAUUCAACAGGCUCAGGUCUCAGGAAGACCUCUUUGGUACAUUUGCUCAGGGAUGGGAACACAGUGGAAGGGAAUGGGACAUAGUCUUAUGAAACUGGAUAUAUUUCACCAAUCUAUUUUGCGCUCUGAUGAAGCCCUAAAGGGAACUGGGCUGAAAGUGUCUGAACUUUUGUUAAACGCUGAUGACAAAACCUUUGAGGACACUCUACAUGCCUUUGUUGGCCUCGCUGCUAUCCAGAUUGCUCAGAUCGACAUGCUAAAGGCAAUGAAGCUUGAACCAGAUGGGAUUGUUGGUCAUUCAGUUGGAGAACUGGCCUGUGGUUAUGCAGAUAAUUCUCUCAGCCACAGUGAAGCAAUUCUUGCUGCUUAUUGGAGGGGGCGUUGCAUCAAAGAAGCCCAUCUGCCUCCUGGUGGAAUGGCAGCUGUUGGACUAACAUGGGCAGAAUGCAAAAUUCAAUGUCCAGAGGGAGUGGUGCCGGCUUGCCACAAUUCUGAGGAUACUGUUACUAUAUCAGGCCCUAAGGAUUCUGUACGUGAAUUUGUAGCAGAUCUCAAAAGCAAAGGUGUUUUUGCUAAGGAAGUGCAGAGCGCUGGGGUAGCCUUCCAUUCCUAUUAUAUGGAGGCUAUUGCCCCAUCCCUUCUUAGUGCCCUGAAAAAAAUAAUAACACCAAAGCCACGAUCUUCCCGUUGGAUCAGUACAUCAAUCCCAGAAUCUCAGUGGAACAGUGAUCUUGCCAAGUUCUCCUCAGCUGACUACCAUGUUAACAACUUGGUGAGCCCAGUCCUCUUCCAAGAAGGUCUGCAAAUUAUUCCAGAAAAUGCAGUAGUGGUGGAAAUCGCUCCCCAUGCCCUACUCCAGGCAGUGCUGAGGAGAAGCUUGAAGCCAACCAACACAAUCCUGCCUCUAAUGAAGAAAGGACACAGUAACAAUUUGGAAUUUUUCCUUACAAACAUAGGAAAAGUGUAUAUGAAUGGAAUUAACGUUGAAGCAAACAACAUAUUCCCCCGUGUUGAGUAUCCUGCUCCUGCUGGCACCUCCCUCAUCUCUCCUCUUAUCAUGUGGGAUCACAGCCAAACAUGGGAUGUUCCAAAGGCAGAAGAUUUCCCUGCAGGUUCAGGGGGAUCAACAUCAACCACAGUGUACAAUAUAGAUAUGAACCCAGAUUCUCCAGAUAUAUUUAUGAACGGACACUGCAUUGAUGGUCGAGUACUGUACCCAGCAACUGGUUACUUGGUUCUAGCAUGGAGAACUCUAGCACGAUCAUUGGGUGUUGUGAUGGAGCAGACCCCUGUCAUAUUCGAAGAUGUUACAAUCCACAGAGCAACAAUUCUUCCAAAAACAGGCAUAAUCCAACUGGAGGUUCGUUUAAUGCCAGCAUCCAAACGUUUUGAGGUUUCAGAAAAUGGAAAUCUGACAGCAAGUGGUAAAAUCUCUGUAAUGGAGGAGAAUGUUUUAAAUAAUUUCCAAAACCAGCUCAUGGAUUCACUGGAUAAGGACGAGGACAUUGAUUCAGAACUGCCUCUGUCUGAUAAAGAUAUUUACAAAGAGCUUAGACUAAGAGGCUAUGACUAUGGACCCAGCUUCCAGGGAAUUAUUGAAUCUAACAGUAGAGGGGACAAAGGAAAGCUUCUAUGGAAUGGUAACUGGGUGACCUUCACAGACACCAUGCUGCAGAUGAUGGUCCUUGGACUAAAGGGGCGGAGUCUGCGCUUGCCUACUAGAAUUCUCUCUGUUGGCAUUGAUCCUACAGUACAAAAGGAUCAUGUGUUUCUGCACAAAGGGGAUAGAGAAGCCGUCCAUGUUGCUGUAAAUAGCUGUUUGGAUAGAAUCGUAGCAGGAGGAGUUCAGAUAUUGGGGCUCCAUGCGACCACAGCUCCUAGACGCCAGCAACAACAAACUCCACCUAUACUGGAGAAAUUUGUCUUCAGUCCUUACUUUGAAGAAGAAUGUCUGAGUGAUAACAAUUACCUACAUUAUCAGCUACAACAGUGCUCAGGCAAAAUACAUGAGCUGGAGUCUAAGGUGGCCCAGCAUGGUUUAAAACUGGAAAUUCCUGAACUCAAGGCACCAGAGCCAACAAAAGGAGUGCCAAAGGCUGAUGCCUUGAAUAAGGGUCUUCUUCAUGUUCUUAGUGAAAUAUGCAACUUGGAGCUGAAUGGAAACCUGCAAUCUGAUUUGGAGCUCAUGUUAAUAAAGGAAAAAGACCAGCUAAGAAAUGAUCCUCUUCUAAAUGGGCUGCUUGACUCCCCUCAACUGAAAACCUGUCUGGAUAUAGUUUUAGAGAAUGGCAAUCCACAACAAAUGAAAAUUGUGGAGGCACUGGCAGAAAAUGGGCGCUUGUUUUCUUAUGUGCCAGCACUAUUAAAUACCCAGCCAAUGUUGCAGUUGGACUACAUUGCUACUGAUUCAGCCUCAGAAGUUCUCUCAUCUCUGGAGGAAAAUCUGAAAGAAUUUGGGGGGUCUGUAGAACAGUGGGACCCUAUGGGCACAGCUCCUAGUACUUUAACCAACGCAGAUCUUCUAGUGUGCAACAACUCCCUUCACCACUUGAGAAACCCACAACAAGCUUUCAUCAAUAUGACAGCUACUGUUAAAGAAGGUGGUUUUAUUUUGCUUCACACACUUCUCAAAGGCGAUAUGCUUGGUGAGACAAUCAAAUUCCUAAAUACCCAAAAUGCCCAACAGAAGGAGGGUCUAUUAUCACAGACAGAAUGGAAGGAGGUGUUUGACAGUGCUUCUCUUAACCUGGUUGCAAUGAAAAAAUCAUUCUACAACUCCAUCAUUUUCCUGUGCCGCCGGCAGGUUCCAGAACAGACCCCAUUGUUCUUGUCAGUUGAAGAUAUGACCUGCCCAUGGGUUAAAUCAGUACAGGAAGCUAUGGCUGAUUCUGGCGAGCGGACAAUUUGGCUCACAUCGGAGCAUCAGACCAAUUCUGGCAUUGUAGGGAUGGUUAACUGCCUGCGCCAGGAGCCAGGGGGGAAAAGAAUCAGGUGUACCUUUAAUGCUGAUGCAGAAACUAAUACCCUGUCGGAAAAGGAGAAGCAACAGCGGCUGAAAAGUGACCUGGUGAUGAAUGUCUACCGGGAUGGAAAGUGGGGAUGCUUCCGUCACAUCCCCUUCCAGAAAGAUGGAAUUCAGGAUGAAACAGCUUUUGCCUUUGUGAAUAUCCUCACUCGUGGGGACCUCUCUUCUCUUAGCUGGGUAGCUUCUCCACUGCAGCACUUCCAGCCUUCCAGUCCCAGUGUUCAACUCUGCAAAGUCUACUAUGCAUCGCUAAACUUCAGGGACAUUAUGCUGGCAACCGGCAAACUGCCUCCUGAUGCCAUCCCAGGCGACCUGGCCCUGCAGCAGUGCAUGCUGGGAAUGGAGUUUUCCGGUCGUGAUCCAGCUGGGAGAAGGGUUAUGGGACUACUUCCAGCUAAAGGCCUUGCUACUGUGGUGGAUGCUGACAAACACUUCCUAUGGGAUGUGCCAGAAAGCUGGUCCCUGGAAGAAGCAGCAUCAGUACCUGUUGUCUACGCUACAGCUUACUAUGCCCUAGUAGUGAGAGGGCGUAUAAGAAAGGGAGAAAGUGUCCUCAUUCAUUCUGGAUCUGGAGGUGUAGGUCAAGCUGCUAUUGCUAUUGUACUGAGUAUGGGAUGCCAAGUCUUCAUAACAGUAGGAUCUUCCCAAAAGCGUGAAUAUCUCCAAAACAGAUUUCCAAAACUGGAUGCAAAUUGUUUUGCCAAUUCCAGAGAUACCUCUUUUGAACAGCACAUACUGAAUAGAACUGGCGGUAAAGGUGUCGAUUUAAUUUUGAACUCUUUGGCUGAGGAGAAGCUGCAGGCCAGUCUUCGCUGUCUUGCCCGCCAUGGACGUUUCUUGGAAAUUGGGAAAUACGAUCUUUCUAACAACAGCCCACUGGGAAUGGCCCUUUUCUUGAAGAAUGUGUCAUUCCAUGGAAUCUUAUUGGAUGCCCUCUUUGAGGAUCAAAAUAAAGAAUGGGAAGACGUGUCUGCUCUUCUAAAGGAAGGGAUUAAAGAAGGCGUUGUAAAGCCAUUAAAGUGUACAGUCUUUGAGCGUGAUGACGUGGAGCCGGCCUUCAGAUUCAUGGCUCAGGGAAAGCACAUAGGCAAAGUGCUAAUAAAGGUACGUGAUGAAGAGGUGGAGCAGCAAUAUGGUUCAGAUAUGCUUCAGAUAUCUGCCAUCCCACGGACAUCAUUCCCUUCUACAAAAUCUUACAUCAUCACCGGUGGGCUUGGUGGAUUUGGUUUGGAGUUAGCUCAGUGGCUGAUUGAAAGAGGUGCUAAAAACUUGGUACUCACCUCUCGCUCUGGUAUACGAAAUGGAUACCAAGCAAAACAAAUCCAGACUUGGAAGGGAAUGGGCAUUAAAGUCCUUGUCUCUAGCAAAGAUGUGGGGUCUGUGGAAGAAACCGUGCUGUUAAUAGAAGAAGCAGGACAAUUAGGUCCAGUUGGUGGGAUUUUUAAUCUGGCAAUGGUCCUGAAGGACGCAAUGAUUGAGAACUUAACUACCCAGUUGUUUCAAGAUGUAAAUAAACCAAAGUAUGAUGGCACUCUGAAUCUAGACAGGGUUAGCCGCGAGAAAUGUCCAGAGCUGGAUCACUUUGUGGCAUUUUCAUCAGUGAGUUGUGGGAGAGGAAAUGCAGGACAAAGUAAUUAUGGUUUUGCAAACUCAACAAUGGAGCGCAUAUGUGAAAAGCGACGUCAGGACAACCUGCCAGGUUUGGCAGUACAGUGGGGAGCCAUUGGUGAUGUAGGCGUUGUCCUAGAAACAAUGGGCAGUAAUGAUACUGUUAUUGGUGGUACUUUACCCCAAAGAAUUGGUUCAUGCAUGGACGUCCUGGACCAAUUCCUGAAUCAACCUCACCCUGUAAUGUCCAGUUUUGUCUUAGCUGAGAAAACCCUUUCUGUGAAAAGCAAAGGCAGCAGCCAACAGGACUUGGUGGAGGCUGUGGCUCAUAUUUUAGGGGUCCGUGACAUAAACAGCUUAAAUCCUGAUACCUCCCUGGCAGACCUUGGACUGGAUUCGUUGAUGGGUGUAGAGGUGCGGCAGACACUGGAGAGAGAUUAUGACAUAGUGAUGGCAAUGAGGGAAGUCAGACAACUGACUAUAAAUAAGCUGCGGGAACUGUCCUCAAAGCCUAGCAAUAUGGAAGAUGCAAAGACCACCCAGAAGUCAUCUGUCCCACCUGAGCUUUCCAUUCUGGACCUGACCAACCUACUUGUGAACCCUGAUGCUUCCACAACUACAAAACUUAACAAUGUGGAAAGUGCUGAGCGCCCCCUGUUCUUGGUACACCCCAUAGAGGGAUCGAUUGCAGCCUUUCACAGCCUGGCUUCCAAACUUACCAUCCCUUGCUAUGGUCUGCAGUGUACUAGAGCUGCUCCCUUGGACAGCAUUUAUAGUCUGGCAUCUUACUAUAACCAAUGCAUAAAGCAGAUCCAGCCUGAAGGACCCUAUUUGAUUGCUGGUUAUUCAUUUGGUGCCUGUGUAGCCUUUGAGAUGUGCUCUCAGCUGCAGGCUCAGCGGGAAGUCUCACAAGCUCCAGACAGCCUCUUCCUGUUUGAUGGAUCACAUUCUUAUGUUGCUGCCUACACUCAGAGUUACCGUGCCAAGUUAACGCCUGGCAGUGAAGCUGAGGCUGAAACAGAAGCACUGUGCGCAUUUAUCCAGCAAUUUACUGGCAUGGAAUACAAUAAGCUAGUGGAAGCAUUACUUCCGCUGAAGGAUUUGGAGACCAGAGUCAUCGCUGCUGUCAACCUCAUAAUCCAGAGCCACAAAGACAUCAGUCAGGAAGCUUUGCAGUUUGCUGCCUCUUCAUUCUUCUACAAGCUAAAAGCGGCAGAUCAGUAUAUUCCCAAAAAUAAAUAUAUGGGGAAUGUAACACUGUUGCGAGCAAAGACACGGACUGAGUAUGGAGAAGGACUUGGUAUCGAUUACAAAUUAUCAGAGGUCUGUGAUGGAAAAGUGUCCGUUCAUGUGAUAGAAGGAGAUCAUCGCACCUUUCUGGAAGGAACAGGAGUUGAUUCGAUCAUUGGAAUCAUACACAGUUCUUUAGCGGAGCCUCGUGUCGGUGUCAGGGAAGGUUAAAGUAAAUUGCCAUGCCUCCAUUCUAUUAGCAGUGAAGCCAUUUUCUCCUUGGGUAGUGAUCCUUCUUCUUCCUUUAAUUGUGGCAAAACUUGGCUUUAUGGCAACAAGGAGAACAUCUCUUUAUUCUCUUAUUCCACAUGCAAAAUUCAUUCUUCUACCUUAUCUUCAUGUUCCCUCACUAAAGCCAUACCCUGUUCCACUACCAGAAAUGUCAUACCUUCUGCAAAGAGUAUGAGUAGAUGUAGCAUGUUCCUUGUCAGUAUUCAAUCAGCCAAUACAUCAGCACUUAGCAACCAUGUUCCCAUGGAUGGUGAUAAAUAGGACCUGUGUUCUGAGGCUCCAACGGAAGCCUGUGACGAAUUCAAGAUGUCCAACGAUGACAGAGUCUAAGUUUAAGAAUCUGCGUCAAAUUUACUUUCCUGGGUAUGCUUUUGUAAUUUUUUUUUUUUUUUUUUACAUCCGAAUUUUAAAUAUUUAUUUUAUGUCGUUUACAUAUUCUGUCAUAUCUCAGUGGGUCAGUAACAGUUCAAUAUAGCUUUUCAAACAUUUCCCAGGCCAGUGGGCAGAUAUUACUAUCACGGUAGAAAUUAAGGCACAUUUGAAUAAAAUUACCACAUACUCUAUUUUAAGUAUUGUUUACGAUAUAUGCGUGUAUGUAUGCAUAUGUAUAUGUGUGAAAUCUGCAGAUAUUAAGUUCAAAAAAGCAAAAAACGUAUUCACAGUUCAAACAAAUAUAGUGAAAAAUUAUAGCUUUGAUGGGAGUUCUCUACUGUAAUUUUCCAUGUUUUCCUUCAAGAAUUAACAGCUAUUUAUGUGCAUAAAUGAGCAAACGUUAGAAUUGCUAUGAUCCAAUUUUUUUGUGGUCAACCUUUUUUUUUUUUAUGGCUUUUAAAGGGACACUAUCACCAUUGUUGUUUACUGUCACAUUUAUAUAAUUAUCUAUUUUAACCCUUCCCAUAACUUAUUGAUAAUUCUAAACAAGUACUACAUUCUAGCAUGCAAAGUGAAAACUUAAAUCUGAAAAACUGGUUUUGUAAAUUUCCUGGAAAAUAUAUCUGCUGCUAAGGCUUCACACAUCAUUAAAGUAGACUCAACAUUUCUAUCACUUUUGUCCACAUACAUUGGGGCAGAUAGUCUCUGUAAGACUACUCUCUCUGAAUAUGACCUGAAGUUGGGCGUAUGCACGUAAGAGACUGCUAGGCAAGCCCCCAACCAGAACCAUUUUUUUAAAACUAGCAGGAUAUAUUUAUAGGAUUUCCUUAUGUUAAAUUAAAGAUAAGUCUUAAAUAAGCACUUUAAUAAAAAAGUGAUAGUGUCCCUUUAAGUGCAUUUAUUCAGUAAUACUUCUUUGUCUGUAUGUUUACAUUUUGGUGCCCUAAACAGGGACAAACGGUACCCUACAGAGAUUAUUUUGGGAAAAACUGGAAUGAUAUUUAGAGGAUAGUGCACUUUGUCUAGAGCAGUGUUUCUUACGCCUUAUACUGUCAACUGACUCCAGGGCUCAAGGGUCUUGCCAAACCUUGCCGAGUUUCAAAGUAUACAUUACUGUGUAUAGGGGAGACAAUUGCUAAUUUACUUUUACUGAAUGACCUUCAUUACUUGCCCUAAACCGAAGAAACCACCCAUCUAUUAAGGCCAUUAAAGGAACAGUUCAGUGAAAAAAUAAAAACUGGGAAAAUUGAUUGUAUGUGCAAAAUAAUUUUUUUUUUUUAAUAUAGUUACUUAGCCAGAAAUGUCAUCUAUAAAGGCUGGAGAGACCAGAGACCAGUCUAACAGAACAGAACCCAACUUUCUGCUUUGCAGCUCUCUAACUCGGACUAACUGUAAAGUGAGGUUGCAAUUGAUCCUCAGCAUGUAGCUCAGAAGCAAACAGUUAUGACCCAUGUGGCUCCCCUGAAGUCACUGAUUGGUUACUGCCUGGUAACAAUCAGUGGAAACCAAGAGAGCUGCAAAGCAGGAAGUAUGUUCUUGGCUAUAUAUAGACAUCUGGUCACUCCAGCCUUUAUACAUUACAUUUUUGGCUAACUAACUAUAUUAGAAACAUUUUUUAUUUUGCACAGCCUAUAUGUUUUAUUUUUAUGCUGAAUAAUUCCUUUAAUUUUGGACAGCCCUGAAUAGGUUUCAACCCUAAACAAUCCAUAGCCCAACACUAAUUAUUUUUCAUUUAUAGGUGUAUAUUUUUUUAGCCAAAUGAAACUGGUAUAGCAGAGCUUAAGUGGAAUUCCUUUGAUAGCACGUCUGCAUGUAAGGCUGAGAACUCUGUUCAACAUAACAAGUGACAUACCGCCCUGCAGUGCCAGCAGGUGAAUUGACCCUGAAAUUUUCCUUCAAGGAAAUGUAAUGGUUCUGCUGCAUUUAUGAUAUAGAGAAGUUCCAAGGGAUCUCUUGGUUACACAUGCUGUCAGUGUUAAAGCUAAUAAAGGGUUUUGUUCAUAAAUAAUGCUCCCAUUUGUGUAACAAUCGAUUAUGGGUACAGAAAUAGGAUAUGUUGCCCUUUAUUGCCACUGUCAGUAUUUUCACCAGCCCUGAAUCAAACUCUGUUGAAAGCAGCAGAAAUGCACAUAGUGCUAUAUUUUAGUUAGUGAAAUAAAUAUUGAAUUUUUUUCAUACAUGCUUUCCUUUUUUCUUUGCUAUAUAUUACUGCUUUGUAGUUGUGAACCUUGCAAAUGAUUAAACUUAAAUUAAAACAAAA